CGGGCCUCCUCCUCCUCCUCCACGGCCGGCCCUUCCUCCUCCCCGCCGGCUCCUCCUCCUCCUCCUCCUCCUCCUCCUCCACGGCCGGCGUUGCCUUGCUUGUUCUUGGAUUCUUGUUGCAGCUAAUCGCUUUAGGGACUGCGACUAUUAGCCCCUGAUUUUGACCUGCCACGAUCAAGCUCAAUUCUUGACGGAACCAAGCUCAGUUACCAGUCGAAUCAUGACGAGAAACGCGUGGUCCGUGCUGCUGAUUUUGAUCUGCUUAUGGGUGUGCCCUCUGAGGACCAGUGGAUUGUCAUGGAACAUCAUCUCCUCCUCAUCGCCGGGCUCGUCGGCGAAGGCGGCUAACCAGCGCGCUCCGAUGAUGGAGCUAGAUGGCGCGGUGGCCGACUUCUCCAUGGACGGCGCCAACGACCCGCGAGGGCUGAAGCUGCUGGAGAACGCGCAGAGCAAGCUCGCCGGGCCGAGGAACUGCUGGCAGGAGGCGUACCGGAAGCUUUUCGCCAGCUGCGGCGAUAUCAUGGCCGAUCAGGAGAAGCAGUCGCGCCUGGCCUGGCACCUCAGCAGCUGCUUCCAGGAGGACUCGGGGCGGCCGCCCUUCCCGUCCUGCGCCGAGGGCUCCAGGAUGGUCCAUUGCCGCAGCCGGCUGAGUGAUUCCGAGGGGAAGGUGUUCCUUGAGUUCUUCCUCGAGACCAAUACCCUGUGCCACCAGUUGCAGGCUGAAGCGUUCAAGCACAACACAGAGAGGCUCGUCAAUGACCUGACAAGGACAUCCAAGUCUGCCGAGGAGAAGCUCGAGGUGAUCGAGGCGAGGUCAGAUCAAAUUAUUAAGGAGUCUGAAAAGGUUCAGGGCAAGAUAUCAUCGAUCGAGGAACAAACCGACCGUCUGGCAGAGACGUCGAAGAACGUGGGGGAGCAGAUCAAUGGCGUGCUGGAUCACUCGAAGGCCAUCUUUGAGCAGUCCAAGGAGAUCGCCAAAGCUCAGGCAGCCCUCAAGGAAGGGCAAACGGAGAUGAGGGAGAAGAUCGACGCAGGCAUGGCGCGCGUCGAGGAGUCGUAUGAUAGCCUUGGUAAAGGGAUGGAUAACCUGAAAGAGGAGGCAGGAUACGUUAAGAGGGAACUAAAAAGUGUUGGCGAUUCAAUGUCUUCAAAGAUGCAAGAUUUGCAGAGCAAGGCUGAUGAUAUUGGGAGUGUGGCUGGCAAGUCAUUGGAGAAUCAGAUGCAGCUGCUGGAUCGUCAGAGCCGGACCAUGGAAGGAUUGAAUAAUCUCCACAGCUUUCAAGCAAAAGCUCUUGAAGAAAGCAGGGAAACAGUUCAGAAACUUGCGCAGUUUGGCCAACGCCAGCAGGAAGAGCUAUUGGCCCGGCAAGAACAGAUCCGGCAAGCCCACGAUCAUCUCAUCCAAAACUCGCACUCAAUACUGGAAGCACAGGAAGAGUUCAGAGCAAAGCAGGCCAACAUUUUUGCCGCUCUGGAUAAACUGCACAUCCUGCACAACGCCAUCCUAGCUGAGUCUCGCUUCAUCAAGGCAUUCUUCUUCUACUGCUGCAUCGUGUUCCUCAUCUACAUGCUCACUAGUGCAAAGCAAACGUUCAGCAUCCGGGGCCAGCUCUACUUUGGUCUUUGCAUCACAUUAGUCCUGGAGAUUGGGCUGAUCAAGAUCGGCGCCGACGACUUCGACAAGCAGUUCUGGGUCAUGUCCAAGGUGUUCUUGGUCAGAAUGCUGUUUCUCGGGGUCGCCACUGUCCAGAUCCUUCACUCUAUAUUCACCUACAGGGACUACGAGGCGCUGAACCACCGGCUCCUCCAGACGCUGGUGGAGAAAGUCCGGGCGCUGGAGAAGAACGCCGGCGGGAGGGCGCAGCUGCCGUACGACACGGAGGAGAGCGAGGGGAGCCUGAUGGAUUACUCGUGGGUCUUCGACGAGCUGGCGGACGAGGUGGACAGCAAGGUGGAUCCGAGCUUCGUGGUGCGGCCGUGCCACGAGGUCGUGCUGCCGGAGGAGGUCGGCGACGGCGAGAACUCCAUCACAACGUUGGUGGGCCGGAGGUACAAUCUACGGUCGCGGAAGUAGGCAGUCAAUGUCCUCCAUCCUAGUAGUUUUUGUGUUGGGAGGUGCCAAAUGAGAUGUUGACGAAAAUUUGUUCACACGACGAUGUUUUAGCAUACUGUGAUGAAGCUACGAUCCCGAAAUAAAGUUACGCUGGAUUAAUAUGCAU